AAUAUAUAGCGAGCUACCAAUUUCUCUUAUUUCCAACCAGACUUUUAAACCGAGGCAUGCGGUGAUUGGGCGUCUUGGAGUCACGCGGUGUGCAGUCGCCCUGCCGCUGAAUGCGAGCUUAACUGCCAGCUUUAGCAGCGGUUCUAUCUGGAUCCUCCGCGCACAACCUACAACAAUUACUGAUUAUUACUGAAGACCUUUUCUUCUUUUGGAAGACAGUUCUUCACCAUGGGCGACAAGAAAAGCCCUACCAGGCCAAAAAGACAAGCUAAACCAAGUGCUGACGACGGAUAUUGGGACUGUAGCGUCUGCACCUUCAAGAACAGUGCAGAGGCUUUUAAAUGCAGCAUAUGCGAUGUGAGGAAGGGCACAUCCACAAGGAAACCCAGGAUCAACUCCCAGCUGGUGGCCCAGCAGGUGGCUCAACAGUACGCGAUGCCUCCCCCGCCCAAGAAGGAGAGGAAGGAGAGGCCUGAGAGGGAGCAUGGCCCGGACGGGGAGCUCUUGGACGGGGAGGGGGAGCACCCCGAGGGAGAGCUUCUGGAGAGAGUGAAGCAAGAAGGAGAAGGAGAACCUCCCCUGGAUAAAGACGAGAGCGAUAAGGAGAAGCCGGAAAACGACCAAGCAGAAAAGCCAGAGCAAGAGGAGGAGAAAGAAAAAGGUAAAGAGAUCAGCCCAGCCAGGCCCAUCGCCAAGAAACCCAGCAUCAAAGAGAUCAGCCUAGCCGGGCCUAUCGCCAAGAAACCCAGCAUCAAAGAGAGCAGCCUAGCCGGGCCCAUCGCCAAGAAACCCAGCAUUAAAGAGAGCAGCCCAGCCGGGCACAUUGCCAAGAAACCCAGCCUAAAAGAGAGCAGCCCAGCCGGSCCCAUCGCCAAGAAACCCAGCAUCAAAGAGAGCACCCCAGCCAGCCCCAUCGCCAAGAAACCCAGCAUCAAAGAGAGCAGCCCAGCCAGGCCCAUCGCCAAGAAACCCAGCAUCAAAGAGAGCAGCCCAGCUAGGCCCUUCGCCAAGAAACCCAGCAUCAAAGAGAGCAGCCCAGCCAGGCCCAUCGCCAAGAAACCCAGCAUCAAAAAGAUCAGACCCAAGACAGAUGUUCAUCAGAGCCUACCCAGYAUACAGUCUGGGGAGUCAACAACCAAGAUCAACAACUCUCACAUCUCCAGGCCCAAACUGAAGAACAUUGACCGGAGCACCGCUCAGCAGCUAGCCAUAACGGUGGGGAACGUGACGGUCAUCAUAACGGACUUUAAGGAGAAGACCCGCUCCUCGUCCACAUCCUCGUCCACCGUGACGUCCAGCUCGGGCUCCGAGCAGCGSCACCAGAGCUCUGGCUCCGAGAGCAUGGACAAGAGCUCGUCUCGCGCCUCCACCCCCAAAGGAGAGCUCUCUGUGGGRCACGACGAGUCCUUCUGAGCCCUACAGUCCAGGUGUUCCGUGAUGACUCUGUGGAUCGGAUCCCUUAGGGGGAGAUAUUUCACCUUCCUGCCUCCUGCCUCCGCCUUCCUUCCAUCACCGUCCCAGGAUGCUGAGAGAGCUAGCUGAUUGGAGCAGUCUGAUUGGAGCGGUCUGAUUGGAGCAGCCCAUGGCGUGCGCCUAAUGGAGAAACGUCCAAUCAUGGGUACACGUUGAGCAUGGCCCAGGCGGGAGAGUGGGGCUGAUGGGAAUAGCGCCCCCACCGGUGGCAUCCUGACACUUGUAUGUAUUGUUUGAUAUUUGUACGUGGAUGUGUGGCCGACAUUUUGUUUUUGUGUAAAGAAAUGAUCUGCUGUACACAAUAACCACCACCAUUUUAGCAACUCUGAAACAUGACCCUUAUUUAUUACUUGUUGCACCCUUAUACUUUGAGAGACUUUUCUUUUGUUGAGGCUUUGCUGUGUAGUUGUACCCAUCUCUCACUUUGACACUUGUUUUGAUGGUUGAACUGGUAGGAUGGGACAAGAUGCUUGAGACCACUACACACUGGUGCUACAUCGAUACACUGUGAAACAGUUUCCGACGUGGGACUGUCAUUCACACGAUCCAACAAAAGUGCUAAUAACCCAGAAAUUCUCUCUUGCUCUCUUUCUCUCCCUCUUUCGCACACUCUCACUCUCUUACACUCGUGUCUGAUUUUWGUUUGAACCUCCAUGUGGUCUUUCAGGUUGAUGUGUAGAGGUGAAUGUGCAGCAUAUAAAGGUCACCUGCUUUGUUUUGAUUUGAAGGGCCUACAAUGUCAACUCAACACACACCCAAACCUUUGUCUAUCAUUUAGUCAGAUGCUAUAUAUCAAUCUUAUACAAUCUGUGUCUCCUGUCCUUAACUCUAUAGUGUAGGCUAUUGUGAAAAACACUAAAGUUGUUGAUGUUUUUGCAUUCCGUCGCUUUAAUAUUGGUUAGCCAGUUGAGGAAAGGUGUGGUACCUUUUUUAUUUCUGUAAUGACUGAAGGAAAGGUCAAGUUCAGAUCCACCUGUCAAGACCACAGUUUGAACUGUAAUAUAGUGAUGCCAUAUACCGUUUAUGAUAUCCAACUGAUGCUAAGGGACUUCAGGUUUUUAGACGUCUUAGCGAACUUUUACCAAUGUUUUUUUUGAAUGCUCUGGUUUACAAAGUUGUGUUUUUUCCCGGUUUAUUUAGUGCAAAGGCCUGGACAGUUCAUGACGAUUUGAGAAUUGAUUUGAGUGACUUUUUCUGCUAAGAUAUAUUUAAGACUCCAAUAUGUAGGUUAAGUGAAGGCAGAAACAUUGCAAGUAGAUGAUAUAGCUAAUAGAAUAAUAUUAMAUUUUUGUUUUGCAUUUUCAAAGCAGUAAACACUUACCUAAAUAACCAAUUAAAUGGUUCUAAUUCUCAUUCUCCUUAGAUGAAARUAGACCCUAAUUUCCUCUUUAAAUGUAUUAAAUUGUAUAAAGAAUAAAUGUGUAUAUCUUAGUUUUAUUUAUUGAAGGACCAAAGGAAUUUCAUAUUGACAUGAUACAUAGACAACUGAAUAACAAUUUGAGAUGCAAUUAUAAAAUGUGUGAAAUGAAAUACAUUUUAAAUAAAGACUAAUAUAAUCCA